AUGACCCUUCGACAUAAGAACACUUCCAAGUGGGCUAAGAGGGUUAUAGAAAGGGGAAUGGCGGCUAAAGCAGCGGUUGGAGGGCAGGGGACGAGAGAGGCUAUAGCAGAGCAGCUAAGAACACAUGCCAUGCUGACUAGAAAGAUUCAUUCUGCGACGAUUGGGAGAGGGGAGGGGGAGGAGGAGGAGGAGGAGGAGGAGGAGGAGGAGGAGGAGGAGGAGGAGGAGGAGGAGGAGGAGGAGGAGGGGGAGGAGGAGGAGGAGGAGGAGGAGGAGGAGGAGGAGGAGGAGGAGGAGGAGGAGAAGGAGGAGGAGGAGGAGGAGGAGGAGGAGGAGGAGGAGGAUGGGGAGGGGGGGUGGGGAGAGGAGGGCAGUGGGGAGGAGUCUGGGGGGAAGGCUCAGAAAGAGGCUAUAGAAGUCAUUAAAGACCUCGAGGAGGGGUUGGAAGGGGUUGGGUACGGUGACGGGGAGGAUGGGGAGGGUGGGAGGGUAAAGGGGGGAGGUGGAGGGGAGGGUGAUGGGUGGGGGGGAGGAGUAUGGGGAGAGGAGAAGGAGGAGGGAGAGAGGGUGGGAGCAGGGAGGAGGGUGUUUGGGAAUCUGGAAGAGAGAGUAGUGGGAGGGGAAGGGCAGGAGGAGAGAGACGAGUGGGUGGCAGUGAGAGAGGGGGAAGGGGAGGACGGAGAGGAGGAAGAGGGGGAAGGGGGAGGGGAGGAUGCCCCUGUAGACGUGUCUGUGCCACCACCCGUGCCUGAUGGGAGAAGAGAGUUGCCUGUUGCUGACAGCUCUGCUUCAGCCCCUGUAGACGUGUCUGUGCCCCCACCUGAUGGGGAUUUGCAGGCUUUGCUGCGACACACAGGGAGUGGAGGGGAGAAGGGGGUGUGUGAAACUAGGGUGAGGAUGGAGGGAGGGGAGGAGGAACAGGAGGAUGAGGAGGGGAGAGAGGGGGGGAGGGUAGGCGGCGCGGAGGGGGAGGAGAGGGGGAAGAAGAGGGCCAGGGCGAGGGGAGGGGAGGGGGGGAAGAUGGGUUAUGAUGGUUCUGGUAAGGGAGCGGUGGGGAUUCUGCAGGGUGACUAUAGCGAGAGUGAGAGGGAGGAUGGAGAGGAGGAUAUAGACGAUGACGUGGCUUAUAACGAGGGGAUGCGUUUGGAGGGCAAGGGGGAUGCUUAUAUGGAGGAUGAAGCAUGGGGGGAGGAUGCUGGGGAGAGGGUGGAGAGGGGGGCAGGAGUGGGGAUGGAGGAAGAGGAGGGGGAGGAGGGAGGGGAGAAACAGGUAGGUAAGAAGAGAAAAGGACGGGCCAGCAGGGGAGGAGGAGGGGAAGGAGGAGAAGGAGGAAGAGAGGAAGGGAACGGAGCGAGCGCGUUCGAGAAAGACCAAGAUGAGCUGAUGCGAUUGGCCUUCGCAGGUGAUGACGUGGCAGCAGAAUUCGAGGCGGAGAAAGAGCGAGUGGUGGAAAAGGAGGUGGGGAGGGAGGAGGGACCAGUGACGCUGCCCGGGUGGGGGCAGUGGGAGGAGGUGCAGAGGCGGAAGGGGGCACCGAAGUGGAUUGAGGAGGAGAGGGAGAAGGCGAAGAGGAGGCGGAUGGAAGCAGUGAAGCAGAGGGCGGAUUCGAAGCUGACGCAUGUGAUUGUAUCGGAGAAGGACAAUAAGAAGAUCGAGAAGUUUUUUGUGCCCGAGCUGCCCAACAUGUUCCGCAACCGGGCGGAGUACGCACGCAGCAUCCGCAACCCCAUUGGUCGGGACUUCAACACAGAAGCAGCGUUCCGCUCCAUGACCCGCCCAGCGGUGAGUGCAAAUGCAGUGUGUAGUGCAGUGGUAGUGGGGAGUGCAGAGGCAGUGGGGAGUGCAGAGGCAGUGGGGAGUGCAGAGGCACCAGUGGGGGUGGUCAUCCCACCUGUCAGAUACGUCAAGAAUGCCCAGCCUGCUGAUGAGGAGCCAACACAAGCCGGGGACGACACAUCCCUCCAUUUCUCAUCUUUCUGUGCAUGUGUUGUGCGUGUGUUGUGCGUGUGCUGUGCGUGUGCUGUGCGUGUGCUGUGCAUGUGUUUCCGCAGGUCAUGA